AUGGCAACGCAAGGGGGGAAACAGUGGUGGGAUCCAUAUGAAACAACUCACAAAAGGCAAUUCGUCUACCAGCCAAGUUCAGCUGAAGAUAUUUUCCUGAAGCCCCUGUCAACGUCAUUGAUAGACUCAUAUUCACAGUCUGGACCUUUUGGUUCAAGUAUAUACAGUAAGGACUUUAGCCGGAAGCCUGCCUGUAAACCUGAAUGCAUUCGUACAGGAACAGCCUCAGGGCAGAGGAGAAAUAACCCGCAUCCCAGCAAGUCUUUCAUGAUGUGGAGGCUGCCAAGGGUUGUUGCAAGAAACUCUGACCAUAUUGCAUUCCCUUUGAAAUGCCUCCCUUCUGAGGGUGAGAUCCGUAAGGCCCUAACCGCACAGUACCUCUCUACUUACAAAUGUGACUUCAUGGGUACACCUCAAGAGUACAAUGACACUGAAAAAGCAGCCAGAUGGUCUGCACCUAUGCACAACAGGCACUGCAUAUCACUCUCUACUGACACUGUGAUGAGGGCCAAUUAUCGCCAGCCAAACCAAAAAUCUGAACUCGUGGUCAGUGUUUCUCACUGCUGCAAAACAGAGCCAAAUGUGACUUGCCCCGGUAUAGUUCCCACUGUUGUACCAAGAAACUUGCAGAUUCAGAAGAAUCGUGCUAAUGUAACAACCUAUGACCAUUUUUUCGGAAAGCCAGUCAAUACUGUCACAUCUGUGAUGAAGUCUCUGACACCCCAGGAGCUGGAGCAGUUACACAGAAUUUUACCUAAAAGGGAGCAGGAGGCUCUAAAAGUGGUUUUGAGUAAAGAUGUCUGUCCAAACAAUAAGGAGAAAGUCAAUAAACUUCCACCAGCUGUGCGUGACUCAGACUCGCCAGAGUGGAGCUCAAGCUGGCCAGGACCUCACUGA